GAUCAGCCAACAAGCGAGUGACGUAAGUUUCUAUGGUAAGGUCGUCAUCGUGUUCGACUUUGACCGAUCGAUGCGAAGUAAGUUGGUGAUAUAAGGGGAAAAGAGGAAUUAUUGGCCAUCUAUUUACCUGCAGAAAUGAAGAUCUGGACAUCAACACACGUUUUUAGCCACCCAUGGGAGACGAUAGCCAGUGCAGCAUGGAGGAAGUAUCCUAACCCAAUGAAUCCCAGUGUAACUGGUGUGGAUGUAAUUGAUCGUCACGUAGAUCAGGAUGGCAAACUCCAAAGUCAUCGUCUAAUGACCACGUCUUUUGGCUUACCAACAUGGGUCACAGAUAUGUUGGGAGACCAAGUUGCCCAUGUCAGUGAACAUUCCGAAGUCGAUCCUCAAACAAAAACGCUCACACUUCGUGCAAAGAAUCUUACCUUCCAAAGUUACUUAACGAUAGAAGAGAAGAUAAUAUAUUCUCCUCAUCCUGAUGACAAGUCAAAAACUCUCCUACAACAACAAGCUUCGAUAUUAGUGCAAGGAGUUCCUCUCACGAGUUACUUAGAAAAUAUGGUUGUCAGCAAUAUCAAUAAUAACGCCAGCAAUGGCCGGCAAGCGAUAGAAUGGGUGAUUGGGAUGAUCAAAACGGAAGCACAGGAUCUGUCAUCUGCGAUGUCGCGGGGCGUCGAUAGCGCCAUGAGUGAUUUCACCAAGAACGUCGACAGUCUUAUGCAUAAGAGCAAGCCAAGCGGUAUUUGAUGUUGGUCCCUUCUAGGAAAUAUUCAAUUGACAGAAAGUUUUUUUACGUAACUUAUUGUUUUUAGGAAAAGACAUCUCAGUCAUAAGCAAAAACUUUCAUAGAUUAUCUGUGAAGUGUUUCGCUAGGUGAGAGUGAAUUUAAGGUUGUGUAAUUGUAACAUGUUUCAUUUUAUGUGAAGAUUUAUUUGAAUUUGUUAAGUGUUGUUGUGGGUGUAAAGCAGAAAUGCUGUGAUAUCGUGCCUUCUGCGUUCAGUGGUUAACUCCCUCAUAUUCUUCAUCAGUUCGUAUCAAAUUAUUCUCAAAAUAAGCAUUUAAUUGAUGAGAAAUUAUGACAUCGUUCGAAAGGGAGUAAAAAACUAUGAUAACAUUAAAAAUCAAGGUCACAUUAUCAACUAAUUCUGUAUGUAAUUGCUCGUUGAAGAAAAAAAACAGUAUCUUUUUUUCUGCAAAGGCCACUACAUGCAUAAUACUUUAAAAUUGAGAUUUUUAUGUUCCCACCUCAAAAGAUCUCAAAGAACAAGUAGAUUGUCUGUGAAUUGAGCUCAACUAGUGUCUACCACUACCAGUACCACCGCUCAUCCAAGCUGGUUGUGUGUACUAAAUUGAUUUUCAUUUCGGAUGGAUGCAACACUUCGAUCCAUCAAGUGGCUUUCAACAUCGAAACCAUGCUCAUUCAAGAUGGCUCUCACCGCUGUCAUCUUGAUUUUUGCUUUUUCGCUGCAUGGCACUUUCAUUCAAACUAACUUAUAUCACAUCAGACUAAACACUGAAAAGUGAUUUUUAGCACUUCAUCAUUUUGCACCAACCAAAAUGGUCAGAACGAGGCGCAGUGCUUUACAAGACUGAAAACAGUGCUUCAUUGUAACCAUGGUGUUUUAGAAUCUUCCCUUCUUUUAUUGUGGCAUCUGCUCCUUCUGUAUACCUGUACAUGAGUUUUGUCGGGACUUGUGUGUUCAUUUCCUGUGCAUACUCGUUGGAGAUUGAUCUUCAUGCUUCCUUAGAUUAAUAGCGCUAGCAAUAGAGUUUACUUUAAACACAUAUUUGUCAGGUCGUGAUUCCGUUCAGGGUAUUUAACACUUGCACUGACUUUCUUCUAUCACUGUCUGUACAAAUUAUAGCAAGAAGGUGAAUUUGUUGGUGAUCCAAAUAUUUUACACAGCUGAUGUUGAAGCAUUGCAAGGUUUGCCUUGAUAGCCUGUAGCAUUUUGCGCUACGACAAAUCCUAAUGUCGGAUUGUUCCACUCCAGUGUUUUGAUAACCCAUUCAACCCUUGCAUGGCUAUUGUUGAUACAGGAGUAGUACGACGUUGUUGUCUACAAUACCUGACGAACUAUUUUAUUGAGAGACAAAAAACAUUAAUUAUUAUUGAGGUAGUUUGCUUAUCAAUUUAUAUCACCUCAUGAUCAACUUUUCUUCAGAUAUUUUUGCAUCAAGUGCUGUUUUGUGAAGCUUCACAUCAGGGAUUGAAUGAGUUUGAGGCUGAUGAGAGGAUCAUGAUCUUACAUUUUCAUUCAUUCAAUUGAUCAUGAACAACAAGACGAUGCAAACAAUAUAAUCAUUGUACAGUUGCACAUAAUGUAUUUUUCAGAGAUCUCACAAUCGUCAGGUAUAUAUUAGUGAUAGAGAUGAUACAUGUACUGCUGAUACCAUAACCCACUCUAUGCAUGUACAUGUUUUAUCUUGCAGGUCAUCUUAAUCAAUAUCAUUAGCUGGGUUGGUGCUCAGAUCAAGAGUAGGAUUAGCCACAAGAUAGGAGGAAUGGGGCUCCCAGUAACUGUGGCUUAUCAGAAUUUGGACUCGGCGCCAACCCUGAUUGUACAAGUUUUAGGUUAUUUUCAUUAAUAUUAUUUCAUUGCUGAAGGGUUGGACGGUUCCACAGCCACAUUUUCCACUGAUGUGGUUCUUGUUAUACACCUUUCCAGAAAUGGGGCGCUGAGUGUCCGAAAUAGUGAUGUCAUAAGGGGAAACUAGGCCUUAUGGUGGAGGGACAAAGGAGAUAGUCAUGGUUGACCAACACACUUGAAUGCCUUUAAUGACGGACAAGGGGGGAAAAGUUAAUUCCAAUGCAAGCCACCAAUUUCGGGAAGCAUGUAUAAAGUACCUGUUUGACCAGUAACGAGUAUAAAGGGAUUGAAACCCUGUUGACAUUUUGUUGCUAACAGAUAUUGUGAUUGUGGAACUGUGCUUGAAGGAUUGGCUUUAAUGUGUACAUAAACAAGUUCAAAGAUAAAUGUCAUCGCUUGGACUCUCCCUGAAUCUCAUUGAAACGGUUGUGGACAGCUUUUAUGAUUAUUGGUGUCCAAUCAUACCACUUGAUCUUGUUGAUGGUAGCUUUUUAUUGCAAAUCAUUGUUGUUUGGUGAUGUCAUUGAGUAUGCUGUAAACCUGAACAUUCCCAUGAUACUUGAUUUAGGAAAUUUUAUCUGAGGAUAAGAGUUGUGUUCCCUGAUAUUAUCCGCCAUGAAAAUGUUCAGGUUAACACUUUGAAACUCUACCUGAAGGGAUAUCAUGAAAUAUUGAUUACUGCCUGUAUGUUUGAUUUCCCUUGUUAUCCCCAGGUUGGAUUAUUGUUAGGUUCCAUUAAUGCUACUCUAUCUGUUUCUUCUAACUUAUCGAUUGUAAUUUAUAAAACUUUUUUCAAAUACUUUUUUGUGUUUAUUUCUGUUGAUUCAUCAGAUUGCAAAGUAGUCUACGGCUGUUCCCAGUUUACAGUCCUCACAAGUGCCUACUGAUGUUGGAAAGUGGAAGUUCCCAGUUUAGAAGACCAAAACUUUGUUCCACUGAGUAGAAAAAAUGGCAAGGUCAUAUACAGCCUCAAAAACUAAAAAAAUUUACUGACAUUUCCAGGAGUAAGCACUGCUGCUGUCCUCCAGCUGCCUCCCUCCCAGGAACUGCUAAAUGAAUCCCCGGGUGCCACUGCGUUGAACAAAAGCGAGAUAUUUCAGUUCUGACAAACACUAUAUGGCAGUACUUCAACGGCAAACUCGUGGCUGGUGUAACAGUUGAUUUAGUCUCCCUGUUUUAAAAGUCCUGCAGAUCGUUGUAUACCUUUUGUGACAUCUGAGAACAACAAUUUCUUCAAUUAAGUCCUGGUAUCAUUUUAGGCUCAUCUUCUGUGUGACAUGCGACUCAUUUUGUGUGGUGGGUCACAAUUGGAAAACUGUGCCUUACAAUGCCUUGUGAUGCAGUCAUGCAAUGGUAUGUUUUUUUAAGAGGAUACUACAAAUUGUCUUAACAAUGAACAAUUUGUCGCUUCUUGAGAACUACUUGGUUAUUUUAAUUGAAAUAGUUUAAGGUGUCUAGUUGGCUGUGCAAGUCUUUCCUCAGUGUUGUAUUAUAUUGUCUGUGUAGAAUGGGUGCCAAGUUCACUCAUACACUGGGAUGUUA